AUGAGAACUGCUUCUAAUUUUACCUCAGGACACUUGUCAUUGACCUUGUUCAAACUCACAUUGCUGCAAGUGGACUUAGCUAAAGGGUCCCAGAGGAAGCAGCUUCGGAGCAACACCUCCUACACACCCAAGGAAGAAGGUCUGCAGUGGGUUCCUGCCCUCCAGCACCCUUCAGUUCCUCUUUUGCUUUCUCCGCCAUCAUCCCUACUGCGUGGUUAUCCUUCUGCAGACCCCCUGGUGUCCUACAGCCACAGAGACCCAGUUACACUGUCAGCAGUAUCAUUGAAGUAUGGUUCUUUACAUGGUCACUUCUCUGACUUAGUCCACCUGUACCAAGAUGGUAAAGACAAGAAAGACAUGCAGAUGCCAGCCUAUCAAGGGAGAACAGAGCUGGUGAAGGACUUCAUUGUAGAAGGGUUUGUGUUCCUGAGGUUGCAGAAAGUCUCUCCCUCAGAUGCUGGCCUGUGUGGGUUCUGGUUCUGCUCCCAGAUCUUGACCUGAUCUUUCUCACUCCUCCUGCCUCUCCCAGGAUUUGGUUCAGACCCUUACAUCUCCCUUAAGGGCUUCAAGGAAGGAAGCAUUCAGCUGAGAUGCAGCUCUAGUGGCUGGUACCCCAAGCCUACGGUCCAGUGGAGAGACCACCAGGGUCAAUGCCUGCCUCCAGAAUCUGAAGCAAUUGUACAGAAUGCCCAAGGCCUGUUCAGUCUUGAAACAUCUGUGGUUGUCCGAAAGGGAGCCCAUAGCAAUGUGUCCUGUUCAAUCCAGAACUCCUUGCUGGUCCAGAAGAAAGAGUUUGUGGUGCAGAUAGCAGACAUAUUUUUACUGGGACCUUCCCCCUGGAAGAAACCUUUCCUUGGGACCCUGGUGGCACUGCCACUCCUCCUGGCCCUCCUUUCAUCGCUGGCACUGUACUACAUUCACAAGCAGCGGCAGUCCCAAGCAAAGCUAAAGAAGCAGGCAGAGAAGGACCAAGGAAAACUGACUGCACAGCUUGAGAAGCUUCAGACAGAGCUUGACUGGAGAAGGAGUGAAGGCCAGGCUGAGUGGAGAGGAGCCCAACAAUAUGCAGUGGACGUGACCCUGGAUCCAGCCACCGCGCAUCCCAGCCUGGAGGUCUCUGAGGAUGGCAAGAGCGUGUGGUCGUGCCGGGGGUCGCCGAGCCUGGCAGCCUGCGAUCCUCAGCGGUUCUUGGGGCAGACGUGCGUGCUGGGCCGCGAGCGCUUUGUCACGGGCCGCCACUACUGGGAGGUGCACGUGGGCCGCCGCAGCCGCUGGUUCCUGGGCGCGUGCCUGGCCUCUGUGCCGCGCGCGGAGCCCGCGCGCCUGAGCCCGGCCGCCGGCUACUGGGUGAUGGGGCUGUGGAACGGCUGCGAGUACUUCGUGCUGGACCCGCAGCGCGUGGCGCUCACCCUGCGCGUGCCGCCCCGCCGCGUGGGCAUCUUCCUGGACUACGAGGCGGGAAAGCUGCCCUUCUUCAACGUGUCCGAUGGCUCCCACAUCUUCACCUUCAGCGACUCCUUCUCAGGGACUCUCUGCCUGUAUUUCAGGCCCCGAGCCCACGAUGGCAGCGAACACCCGGAUCCCCUGACUGUCUGCCACUUGCGGGUAGAGAACGACCAGGACACCUGGUUGCAGCCCUUUGAGCCCUUGGAUGCCGCUGUGCUCCUGUGGUGA